AUGUCUGACAAGAUGACAUGCACCAUCGACUGUGAAAAUGGUGGUAGAUGUUUAUUCAAUAACACAUGUUUAUGUCCCCCAUGUUAUAUAGGACCAUCGUGUGAUAUAAGUAUGAAUGUAAUUAAGUUUUCCUUAACAUAUGCCAUGUACUAUGAUAGUCAGAGAGUAUCGGCAACGUCGAAAUAUAAUUUCAUCGCAUUUGCUUACACAUUUACAAUUGCUCUGAUGGUAAUGGUGUCUAUUAUAAAUAAUCUCGCUUGUUUACAAACAUUCUUUUUGCAUGAUAUACGCUUAACUAAUUGUGGUAUCUUCCAAAUCUUCUAUUGCUUUAUGGGUGUAAUCACAAUGAUUGGCAUGGAAAUACGGACGUUGACUAUGUUAGAAUUCGAUCAUUUAUUGUCGGUGGUGAUAUUUGCAUGUGGUUAA